AUGUCAGAACGACAAGUCGAAAGGUGGUGGCGUCUUCGCCGCAGUCAAGACAAACCCUCAUCUCUCGUCAAGUUCUGCGAGAACGCGUGGAGAUGUACAUUCUACUUCUAUAACUUUUCCUACGGGAUAUUCACCCUGUGGGAUAAAGAAUGGCUGUGGGAUAUAGACCAGUGUUACAUUGGUUAUCCUCAUCAGGGUAUAACGAGCGAUAUAUGGUGGUACUACAUGAUAUCGUCAGCGUUCUACUGGUCGCUAACGAUAUCCCAGUUUUGGGACGUACGACGCAAGGACUUUUGGCAGAUGUUCGUGCAUCACAUCGCCACCAUCGCGCUCAUAUGCUUCAGCUGGGUGUGCAACCUGCACCGCAUCGGCACCCUCGUACUACUUGUGCACGACUGCGCCGAUAUAUUCUUAGAAGCUGCAAAGGCGGCGAAGUACGCUGCCUAUCAGAAAAUAUGUGAUGCAAUAUUUGCAGUUUUUACCGUCAUUUGGAUUAUUACGAGGCUGGGGAUAUAUCCACUUUAUAUUAUUUGGAGUACAUCAAUACGAGCACCAAUGCUGUUGCCGAUGUUCGCCGCUUACUACAUCUUCAACUCUUUACUCUGCCUCCUUUUGGCACUUCAUAUGGUGUGGACGUGGCUUAUAUUGCUAGUGGCGUAUAAGGCGAUCAAUGCGGGAAAAAUGGAAGGCGAUAUCAGAAGUUCUAGCUCAGACGUCAGUGACAGUUCCCAUCACUCCAACCACAGUACACCUAAUAAAUAUAACAACAAAAAAGAUACAUAGGGGUCAGCAGCAUUAUGUCAAUUUAUUUGACAUGAGAUGUGACGAAGUUAACUUUCUUUUAAUUUAUAUAUCAAAUAAUAUCAGACAUGCCCUAUGACUUAUUAUAAAAAUAAUACAACUGGGAAAAAAGAUAGAUUAUCUUAAUGUGUUUACAGGAGCAACACUAUAUCGAAAUGAAAGUGUUGCCAUAUAGAGGCUUAUAUUUCAUUAAAAGAGUUCAUAUGUUAUUUAACUAACUUUUGUUAUAUACUGUUGUAUUUGCAAAAUUCGCUAGUCUUGUCCUUUUAAUACAAUAAUAAGUAAUGUAUGAAGUACUCUAACGUAUGAUAGUACAAGCAUAUGAAAAUAAUGGGUAAAUAUUCAUACAAAUACAUUUUCUAUAAAAAAAAUCUUGAUUCACCACGCUGCUCCGCCCUGGAUUGGCGAAUGAACACGUCUUACAGCUUGUAUGUUUUGGAAUUUAUCCCAUAACAUGCAUGCAUGCAUGUUUUAAAACGAUGCUAUUGCUUGAAGAAUUGAAUUUUAAAUACUUUUAUGCUCUUUUAAUACUUCCUUAUUUUCUAAUUCUAUCUAAUAUCUAAUACACUACUUUAUCCCUGUUGUUAAAAAGUUAAACGGGGUGAUUACAAGCGAGAGGCUUUAAAUUAAAGGACAUGUACCUACUCGUACUAUUCAUAAGUACUAUACAAAAAAAAAAUGGAAGCAGAAGUUCUAUUUUAACAGUCUUCCUUAAAAAUGGUAUGUAGUACCCAUCGUGUAUGAAAAUUCAACAUCACUUGGACAGUUGUACUGGAAUGUAAUACAUACAUGUUUUUGUAUAGUCCUGUUAUUAUUGUUAAGUCGAUGACACAAUAUGCCUUAUGUUGGAGUGAACAGAACAAUUUUAUUUUAUUUUUGACAAACAAAUAUAAUUGAAAUUAAUCUGUCUGUUUUAACAUAGAUUAUUCGUAAUGAGAUUUUUUUUUAAAUAAUUUACAGUAGUUAAUAUUUUACGUCUUAUGAUUUGAAAAGUUUCCUAAAUUUUAUAUACUUAUUGUACAUAUUUUUGCGUUUUAAAUAUACAAUAUCGAU